UUUUGUCUCACACUCUGAUGAGCCCGCAGCGAGUCUCGGAAAAGCUCCGUUUCUCUCUCUUCAAAUCCGCCCACUUUCUCUCUCUUCUCCUCCCCUUCACUCUCUACCUCUGCAGGUGCCUCCUCGCCAAAGCCCUAACCCUCUUCGCCAUGGACGACAUCUUCUCCCAGGAUCCGGAGGACGACCUUCUCGACCUCGACCCUUGCCUCCGCCACCGACCUCGUCCUCGUCUCUCCCUCUACGACGACGCGGACAGCCGCGAGGAUGUUGAUAGAUUAUACUUCGUCCCGUACAGGUGGUGGAAUGAGGCACAUGAUAAUGUGUUUGGUGAUGCCGUAGAAGAGAGCUGUGUUAUUUACGUUGCAUCAUCUGAGACUUUAUCUGGCCAUUCAAAUUCUGAUAUUGUAUUGAGUUUGAGGCGAGAAGUGGAUAAUAAUGAGGGAGACAAUGUGGAAGAAGGGUCUUCAGGUGGUGAGUACGCACUUGUGGCUGAAGGAAUGUGGUUGCGGGUGCUCAAAUGGUAUAAUGAUUCUAAAGUAGCACUGAUGAAUUUCGGAAACCACCUAGCUGCAGAAGCUGAUGUGAAGGGUGUGUUUCCAUUAAAAAUCAGGCUCUCAUUUUUGAAAGAGACAAAUUCUUUGGUGGUAAAGAUUAGUCAGAAGGAUAAUGCAAUUGAGUUUUACGAAAAGGCCCACAAUAUAUUCGGUAUUCAGGCUGGGUUGCGUAUUUGGGACUUCUCGGGGCAGACAGCCUUAUUUUUCUCAAACGAAAGAAUUAAAUUAUCCAAUCAUUGCCCAGGCAAACCAGACAGUGAGAUUCUUUUGGAAUUGCAAGUUUAUGGAUCAUCAGAUUCGUUGAAGGUUAGAGAAGGGAUGAAGGAAGAGAUGGCGUUAGAACAAUCUAAGAGAGCAGGUUCCUAUUGCAGUGUCUCACAGACAAUAAAUGGGAGCACUGGUGAUGUGAACUCCUUAAUGUCUGGCAGUUCAACAUUUCAUGGAAGCCAUGACUCCCCUCCAUUUCAUAGUGGUUAUAGAGAUUCUUUCUGUUUGGGUUUGACCGGAUUGCAGAAUCUUGGAAACACGUGCUUCAUGAACAGUGCCAUCCAGUGCUUGGCACACACUACAAAGCUUGUGGAUUAUUUCUUUGGAGACUAUAGAAAAGACAUAAACUAUGAAAAUCCUUUGGGAAUGCGUGGUGAGCUUGCUUUAGCGUUUGGUGACUUGUUGAGGAAGCUAUGGGUUCCAGGAGCAGCACCAGUGGCUCCAAGAAUGUUCAAGUUGAAGCUUGCUAGUUUCGCUCCUCAGUUCAGUGGCUUCAACCAGCAUGAUUCCCAAGAAUUUCUCGCUUUUUUGUUGGAUGGACUUCACGAAGAUCUUAAUCGUGUGAAAUCAAAGCCUUACACAGAAGCUAGGGAUGCGGAUGACUGUCCGGAUGAAGAGAUAGCAGAUGAGUAUUGGCAGAAUCAUCUAGCUCGCAAUGACUCUGUAAUAGUAGAUGUGUGCCAAGGUCAAUAUCGGUCUACAUUAGUUUGUCCUGUUUGCAAGAAAUUGUCGGUUACAUUUGACCCUUUCAUGUAUCUAUCACUGCCACUACCUUCAACAACAAUGCGGACGAUGACAGUAACAAUUUCAAGUUCUGAUGGAUCUGCUCUGCCUUCGCUGGCGACUGUAACUGUACCCAAAUUUGGAAGCUGCAAGGAUCUUAUUCAGGCUUUGAGAAAUGUGUGUUCUUUUAGGAGUGAUGAGAACUUACUGGUGGCUGAGAUCUACAACAAUCGCAUUCUUCGUUUACUGGAAGAGCCAACUGAUUUGUUAUCCUUGAUUAGAGAUGAUGAUCAGCUUGUUGCGUAUCGAUUACCCAAAGAUAGCGAGGCGCCCCACUUAGUUGUGUUCAUGCAUGCACAGGUGGAAAAGAAUUCAUUGUAUGGGAGGACAAAGUUAUGCAGGAAGAUUUUUGGAAUUCCCCUUGUGGCAAGAAUGUCUAAUAUUUCUAAAGGAUCCUAUAUCCGCAAACAGUUUCUGAAAUUACUUGUUCCAUUUCUAAUGCCUAACGAAGAUAAUUUAACUGAUUAUGAUGAUGCUGGAGAUAGUGGUAAUGAAGAUGCUGAAAUGGAGGAUGCUACCAGUCCUGCUGUUUCAGAUGUUGAUUCAGAAUCAGAUAGUGAGACUGGGGGUAGCUCACACUUGGAUUCUGAUUUCCAGUUUUACUUGACAGAUGAGAAAGCAUACAUCCAGGGUGCAAGGAUAAAGAUGAAUGAGCCAGUGGUGGUCUCAGGAUUUUCCAGGAUGUUGAAUGUGUGUGUUUGUUGGCCGGAUAAAAUGAUUGAACGGUAUGAUACUAGGCUUCUGAGCUCUUUGCCAGAGAUAUUCAAUCCUGGGUUGUUUACGAAAAGGCCUCAAGAAACAGUUCCGUUAUACAAAUGCCUUGAAGCCUUCUUGAAGGAGGAGCCUUUGGGACCAGAAGACAUGUGGUACUGCCCCAUGUGCAAGCAACACCAGCAAGCCAGCAAAAAGUUAGAUCUUUGGAGAUUGCCAGAGAUACUGAUUAUUCAUUUAAAGCGGUUUUCAUAUUCGCAUUUUUAUAAGAACAAGAUGGAAACAUUUAUUGACUUCCCUAUUGAUGAUCUUGACCUCUCGACUUACAUUGCUCACAAAAGUGGCCAACUGUCUGAUCAUUACUCAUUAUAUGCAAUCAUCAAUCAUUAUGGAGGCAUGGGUGGUGGUCAUUAUACUGCAUUUGUUUGUGAUGGACUUGGCCAGUGGCAUGAGUUUGAUGACAGUGCAGUUUCUCCAGUCGGUGAGGACAUCAUAAAGACAUCAGCUGCCUAUGUUCUUUUCUACACGAGAGUUCCAGAUGCAUGAUGUGGUAUUGGUAUAUUGAUGUGUCUCAUUUUGCUCAAAUACUGAAAUUGCUGAAGUAUUUCAAGUUGUUGGAAAUUGGAAGCACGGAAUUGUACAUAUAGUGACAGCGGAAGCAGAAAAAGGUUGUAUUUGAAGUAGCUACUGAAAGAAUCAAUGCUGUCCCAGACAGGAAGCUCCUGCAGAACAAAUGCCAGCUGACACGCAUAAAGCUGUAUACUAGAAUGAAGUAGGCAGGGAGGCCAUGCAGCUUUCUUGGGUGCAUAUAAUGGAAGCCAAGUGGAGUUGCUUCAAUUGGGUACUCCAUCUGGAAUGGCACCUGCUUUGUUGUUAGUACAUCAGUUGUACAUUGAAGUUAUUGAGAUGGUUUUAUUACUUGAUCUUUGUACUUUGUUCUCAACGUGGCUUCUGAAAGGUGAGUAGGUUUAAUUUUCAGCUUUCAUUUGAGCUAGGUUUGAUUUUGUUGCAUGUAGAUGUAUAAGGAUGUAAUAAGUGGGAAAAGAAGGGAUGGAAAGGAAGAAAGUGGAAGGGAAAGGGAAGGGCUGGGAUCCUUGUAACACAGGAAAGUGCUUUCCUUUCUCCCCUUUCCCUCUUCAUUGGUGACAAUGUUGGAAAGUGUCAUUUGGGCCAAGUUUUAUUUUGUUCAUCUAUUCUUGUUUUUUCCUCCGCCACAUUUCUAGGAAUUGUAUUUAUAGGAAAGAAUUCUUUCAAAAUUUUGUUAAUAAAAAAUGCAUUUUUGUGUUCA